CCGGAGUCAGCGAGGCAUGUGUUUGGACACCGGCGUUUCGAUUAAAUAAAAAAGACACUUACAGAAACCAAACACCUGAGCGUUUUCUUUUCCCAUCGGCUGUUAUUUGCCAACGGCCGCUUGUCGCGCCAUCAGUUGUUUGAAUUGCCACCUCACGCAGCAUUGCGGCGCCCUGCUCUUCGUAAACAUUCGUGAAUGGAAAGCAGUUGCAGAGCAGACAUACAUCUUGUCAAACGUUUCUUGAAUCCUCUGCAGUUCUGUGAUUGAUUAGCUGGAUCCUCUUGCAGCCUUUGAGGGAAGAUGGAGACCUUCUUCGCAGAGGGUUCUCGAGUGUGGGUGAAUCAUAAAGAUCAGCUGGUCCCGUCUACAGUGAACUCCUGUGGAGAUGGAACCCUGGUGCUCACCACCGACUACGGGGAGGCGGUGUACCUGCAGCAGGCGGAGGUGAACAGGGAGAAGGUGUCCCCCAUGCACCAGAGCAGCAUUGAUGGAGUGGAGGACAUGUCCACGCUGGCAGAGCUCCAUGAGGCCGCCAUCAUGCACAACCUUCAUCAGCGAUACCAGAAAGACAACAUCUAUACUAACAUAGGUUCUAUCCUGGCGGCCGUGAAUCCUUAUAAGCAGAUCAGAGGACUUUAUGAUCUCUCUGCAGUGGAGCUGUACAGUCAGCAUCAUUUGGGCGAGCUGCCACCACACAUCUUUGCUAUUGCCAAUGAGUGCUACCGCUGCUUAUGGAAGAGACAUGAUAGCCAAUGUGUGCUGAUCAGUGGUGAAAGUGGAGCUGGGAAAACAGAGAGCACCAAACUACUGCUACAGUUCCUGUCUGUCAUAAGCCAAAACUCUGCCGGGACGCCGCCUACAGAGAAGAGCACACGCGUGGAGCAAGCUAUCGUACAGAGCAGCCCCAUCAUGGAAGCAUUUGGAAAUGCCAAAACAGUCUACAACAACAACUCCAGUCGCUUUGGGAAAUUCAUUCAGCUUCAUUUCUCUCAAAGCGGGAACAUCCAGGGAGGAUGCAUCGUCGACUAUUUACUUGAAAAGAAUCGAGUGGUAAGGCAGAAUCCAGGGGAGAGAAACUACCACAUCUUUUAUGCUUUGCUGGCGGGGGCCAGCAAAGGCCAAAAGGAGACAUAUUUUCUGGAAGACUCCCCUGAGUUAUUUCACUACCUGAGUCAGUCAGGAUGUGUAAAGGACCGCAGUCUCGAUGACAAGCAGCUUUUUGACGAUGUCAUGGAGGCUCUGAAGGUCAUGGAGUUCACAGAAGAAGAGAUCAGAGAUAUGUUUAAACUGCUGUCUGGAGUUCUGCAGCUUGGCAAUGUGGAGUUCAUGACAGCAGGGGGCGCACAGAUCACCACCCAACAGGUUAUCACUAAUGUGAGUGAGCUCAUGGGUCUGGACAGUUUUCAGUUGUCUGAGGUUCUGACCCAGCGUUCCAUGAUCCUCAGAGGAGAAGAGAUCUGCUCUCCACUCACAGUGGAACAGGCAAUAGAUUCCAGGGAUUCGGUUGCCAUGGCGCUUUAUUCUCAGUGCUUCUCGUGGAUCAUCAUGCGAAUCAAUCAGAAGAUAAAGGGCAAAGAUAAUUUCAAGUCUAUUGGAAUCUUGGACAUCUUUGGUUUUGAGAACUUUGAGGUGAACCGUUUUGAGCAGUUCAACAUUAACUAUGCUAAUGAGAAACUUCAAGAAUAUUUCAACAAACACAUCUUCUCUCUGGAGCAACUGGAGUACAACAGGGAAGGGAUUCACUGGGAAGCCAUUGACUGGAUGGACAAUGCAGAAUGUUUGGAUCUGAUUGAGAAGAAACUGGGCAUGUUAGCUCUGAUUAAUGAGGAGAGCCGAUUUCCCAAAGGCACUGACUUCACCCUGCUGGAGAAACUGCACAGCAGACACUCUACUAAUCCCUAUUAUGUGAAACCCAGACUGGCAGACCAUCAGUUUGGGAUAAAACACUAUGCUGGAGAGGUCUUAUAUGAUGUGAGGGGGAUUUUAGAGAAGAACAGAGACACAUUUAGAGAUGAUAUACUGAACAUGCUGAAGGAUAGUAGAUUGGAUUUCAUCUAUGACCUGUUUGAGCAAGUGAGCAGCAGAAAUAAUGAGGAGACCUUGAAGAUGGGCACAGCAAGAAAAAAGCCCACUGUCAGCUCACAGUUCAGAGACUCUCUUCAUGCCCUAAUGGCCACUCUCAGUGUAUCCAACCCCUUUUUUGUGCGUUGCAUCAAACCCAACAUGGACAAGACCCCAAACAAGUUCGACCCAGAUGUGGUUCUCAAUCAGUUGCGGUACUCUGGCAUGUUGGAGACGGUGAAGAUUCGCAGAGCUGGAUUCCCUGUCCGACGCACCUUUAAAGACUUCUUCAGCAGGUAUAAGAUCAUUCUGAAGGAGAAGGAAAAGGCAGCUGUGGCUUCAAAUGGAGAUGAGAAAAAGAAGAGCACAGAUUUGCUCACACUCCACGACAGGACCAAAAAGGAGUGGCAGAUUGGGAAGACCAAGGUGUUUCUGAAGGAACCUCUAGAACAGAAGCUGGAGAAGCAGAGAGAUGAAGUGCGAAGCAAAGCUGGACUGAUCAUACGAGCCUAUCUUCUGAGAUAUAUUGCAAGAAAGAACUUUAAGAAGGCUCUGGACAGCAUUCUGACCAUCCAGAAGAACUACCGCGCACAUUUCUAUCGAGGUCAGUUUCAACGGAAACGCUCAGCUGCACUUGUUCUCCAGAAACACAGGCGAGGGCAAGUGGCAAGAGGAGUCUGCCACAAACUACGAGAAGAGAAGAGGAAGAAAGAGGAGGAGGAAAGGAAAAAGAAAGAAGAGGAGGUGAAGAAAACAGAGGGAGACCAUGAAAAGAAAAAUGAAGAGGAAAAGGAAGGAGAGAAAGCAGAGUCUCCACACUCAUCUGAGGAGGAGCACCGUCAGAUGGAGGAAAUUCUGCGUUUGGAGCGAGAGAUUGAGCGUCUACAGAAGAAAAAGGAAGACGGUGUGUCUAUGCUAUGUGAGAGCUCAAGACAGGAACUCCGCUUGCGGCGUGAUGCUGAGGUCCUGCGUCAGAAAAAAGCUGCUUCUCGUGUCGCUACUGAAUUCCUUGAACUGCUUGACACUGGAGGCCCAGGCGCCACUGAGGAAGAGGUAGAUGAAGGCUUCCAUGCAGAGGAAGAGUGCAUACCACUUCCCGAGUUCCCUCCUCCAGUGGAAGGUCCAGUGGAUCAGGAGAUCUUAGGCACUCUGCCACCUCCUCCUCCUGCCUUUGCAGAGGGCACGGUGGCCCCAUCUGCACCUAACGUUCCACCUGGGGCUCCUCCACCACCACCUCCCCCUCUCCCUGGCGAAGCCAAAAAGGAAGUUGGAAAGCCUGAAGGGGCUAAAACAGUUGUGGAUGGGAAAAAGGAGGGAGAGGAUGUGGAUCACACCAGCAGGCUGACUGCAGCAGAGUCUAUGCCAGACACAGAGGAACCCAUCUACAGUGUGCCUGGGGAUGGCGAGUCGGACUAUGACCAAGACGAUCUAGAGGACGGACAGAGCAGCAUUGCGGCGACGGACACAGAACAUGCACGCAAGUCCACCUGCACCAAUGCAAGCCAGGAGUCUUACAACCGCAGCUCAGAUUCGUAUGCUGACAGCGAUGAUGAGCAUGAUGGGUACGUGGACACAGAUGAGGAGGUAUCCAACGGUAAAGUCAACAUCUUGAAUGGGAAUGGACCUCCGUAUUUCCACAGUUACCUUUACAUGAAGGCUGGCUUGAUGAUCCCGUGGCGCAGGCGUUGGUGUGUUCUGAAGGACGAAACAUUCAUGUGGUUCCGCUCUAAACAAGAGUCGUUAAAGUCAGGCUGGCUGUACAAGAAGGGCGGCGGCCUAUCUACUCUCUCUCGCAGGAACUGGAAGAUGCGCUGGUUCGUUCUGCGUGACUCCAAGCUCAUGUACUUUGAGAAUGACAGUGAGGAAAAGCUGAAAGGGACAAUUGACAUCCACUCAGCCAAGGAGAUUGUGGACAAUCAUGAGAAAGAGAAUGCUCUGAAUAUUGUGACAGAUGAGAGAACAUACCAGGUGUUUGCAGAGUCACCGGAGGAUGCCAGUGGCUGGUUUACCGUUUUGAGUCGGGUCCAAAAUGCCACCCCAGAGCAGCUGCUGGAGAUGUCCCAUGAGCAGGCCAACCCAAAGAACGCUGUGGGCACACUGGAUGUUGGGUUGAUUGAUUCAGUUUGUGCUUCAGACAAUCCCGACAGACCUAAUUCAUUUGUGAUCAUCACAGCCAAUCGUGUGAUCCACUGUAACUCAGACCUGCCGGAGGAAAUGCAUCACUGGAUCAGUCUGCUGCAGAAACCCAAAAGAGACUCCAAGGGUGAUGGACAGGAGUUCCUGGUCAGAGGAUGGCUGCACAAGGAGAUGAAGGCAGGAGCCAAAGGUUCUGCUCUCAAACUGAAAAAGCGCUGGUUUGUCUUGACUAACAACUCUCUGGACUACUACAAAUCUUCUGAGCGCAAUGCAUCUAAGAUGGGCACCCUGGUUCUGAACAGACUGUGCUCUGUUGUCCAGCCUGAGGAGAAAAAGUUUAAAGAGACAGGUUACUGGAACAUCAUAAUUCAUGGGCGUAAACAUUCAUACCGUCUGUACACCAAGUUGCUGAAUGAAGCCAUGCGCUGGGUGUCUGCCGUUCAGGGCGUCAUUGACAACAAGGUGCCCAUUGAAACACCCACCCAGCAACUCAUUAGGGACAUUAAGGAGAACAGUGUGAACUCUGAGGCUGUGGAACAAAUGUAUCGAAGAAACCCCAUUCUGAGAUAUACCCAGCAUCCCUUGCAUUCACCUCUUCUGCCACUACCAUACGGAGAGGUCAGCGAAAGCUUGCAAAAGGAGAAGGGUUAUGGAAGCCUGCAGGAUGAGGCUGUGAAGAUCUUUAACUCUCUUCAGGAAAUGGAGAUAGUUUCAGACCCUGUCGCCAUCAUCCAGGGCAUCCUGCAGACCUGCCACGAUCUGCGGCCACUGAGAGACGAGGUGUACUGUCAGCUUAUCAAACAGACCAAUCACGUGCCCCAACCCAACAGCCCUGCAAACCGUGCACACUGGCACCUGCUCACCUGCAUGAGUUGCACCUUCUUGCCCAGUCGCGCCAUCCUGCGUUACCUCCGAUUCCACUUGAAGAGAGUUAGAGAGCGCUACCCUGGCACUGAGAUUGAGAAGUAUGCCCACUUCAUUGGUGAGUCCCUGAAGAAGACAAAGACCAGGGAGUAUGUGCCCUCUCAGGAGGAGAUCGCCGCCCUGCUGAACAGACAGGAAAUGACAACUACUGUGUACUGCCAUGGAGGAGGGUCUUGCAAGAUAUCCAUCAACUCACACACCACAGCUGGAGAGGUGGUUGAGAAGCUGAUUCGUGGUCUGGCAAUGGAAAAUAGCAGGAAUAUGUUCUCUUUGUUUGAGCACAAUAAGGUGGCGAGUCGGGCCAUAGAAAGUCGUGUAAUUGUGGCAGAUGUGCUCGCAAAGUUUGAGAGGUUGGCAGGUAGUGAAGAUGAGGAGGAGGAAGGGCCCUGGAGGCUAUAUUUCAAGCUCUAUUGCUUUCUUGAUGUGGAAAGCAUGCCCAAAGAGGGAGUGGAAUUUGCCUUCAUGUUUGAGCAGGCUCAUGAGAGUCUCAUCAGUGGUCAUUUCCCAGCCCUUGAGGAAACCCUCCAGCACUUAGCAGCCCUGCGACUGCAGUACAUCCACGGUGACGUGGCCCGUACGCCCUGGAGCCUAAGCAGCGUCUACCCUGUUGGACGACUUCGCACCCGCAUACUCCAAUCCACUAAAGCAGGGGGUGCUGGAGUACCCGGCGCUGGUAUAGUAGGGCCAGGAGGUCACACUUUAGAACGCCGGAAGACCAACUUCCUAGACGGGACGCUGAGACGCAGCUUCAAGACGGGAUCGCUGAAGAAACAGCGUGUGGAGGAGGAACAGAUGUUGGAGAUGUUUGUAAAGGAAGAGAUGUCGGCCACACUGACCAGCGUGCUGGAGAAAUGGAGCCGUCUACAGGGCAUGCCUCAACACCAAGCCAUGCUCAGCUACAUGACCAUCAUCAAAGAGUGGCCGGGAUACGGGUCCACACUGUUUGAUGUGGAGUGUAAGGAGGGCGGCUUCCCUCAUGAUCUGUGGCUGGGAGUCAGUGCUGAGAACGUCUCUGUGUACAAACGGGGUGAACCCAAACCACUCGAAACUUUCCAGUAUGAGCACAUCGUUUUCUUCGGAGCACCUCAACCCAGCACAUACAAAAUCAUUGUUGAUGAAAGAGAGAUGUUCUUUGAGACGUCUCAGGUGGGUGAAAUCACUAAGAUCAUGAAGGCAUACAUCAACAUGAUCGUCAAAAAGCGCUGCAGUAUCAUGUCCAUCACCAGCAACAGCAGCGCCUGGAUGAGGUGAUCGACACCAACCAGCGCCCAAAGUGUCCAGGAACACAAUGUGAUGAAAGUGAAGUAUACUACUGACCGUUCUUGAUUGCAGAAUGAGAGCAGAAAAGAAACAGAGACUUCACCCUUCCAACGAUUGAACUUAACCUACUGGAAUCCCCUGUAUACCUGUCCUAAAUACAACAGCACAUGUUUAUUUAGUAUUUAUCGGACCAGUUUCACCUUUACGAAGCACAACAAAGCCUGGUAACCUGCUCACCGUUCCCUCCCCUCACUGCCAGCACCCUGACUGAUGACCAAACUUAUUUAUUUCCUUGUCUCUUCUUCUCCAUUUCAUUCCCUUCUCUCUACCCUCAGUGAUGUUGUACCUAACCAACAACCACCUACGACUCCAUUUACCGGUAGUUUUACAGAGGUGUGUAUAUUGUGCUUGUGUGUGAGAUCAGAGUUUGUGCACACACACAUACAGAGCUAUUUUGUAAAGCCAUGAGAGAGCAGGAGGAGAAAGCUAUGCGUUAACAUUACCAUUCAUCUCAAUGGCAGCUGCUCCGCUGGCGCAGGACACCCCAGAAGUAUGCGGUUUGAAUUCUGCAACCUUUGCUCAUGGCCGCUCAAUUUCACAUACAGGUUUUUUUGAGCCAAUCCCUUGAGCCAUAAAUGCCAUGUGACUUGAGCCGCAGGAAAAUGACAUCAUGGCAGCUCUGAUUGGCUGAUGGCACCAAAAGGAACAUGCAGCAUGAUAAAAAAUCUGCUAUGAUAUAAUGAAAUGUGUGCAAUUUAUAUGUUGCUUCUUUGUGCCCUCAAAAGUGUAGUUACAAAAUCUACCAGCAGAGGCCACCUGGAGUCAGUCAGCCAAUCAGAUCGCAGUAUAUCUGGGGCCGGCAGUAUGUGGAUAUCAGCAGCGACUGUCUACUCGUUUGUAAGACUGUUCACACAUUAUCAAUGCAACAUCCUAUUUUGUAUUAAAUGCCAGAGUCUAUAAAUACAUAUGCUGAAGUGUUACAUUUGAUACUGUCUAAACUAUUUGUAUUUACAGUCAUUACAAUGUUUUCCUUUUUUUGGGGUUAUUUUUGCCAGCGAAACAAAGCUUGUGUAAUUUUAACUGUACCAAGGCACAAAAGCAUACCCAUUUUGACCAGUUUGGUUUCCUAAGCACCUCUAUUCACUAUUACAGAGUUCGGAUAAUGGUUAUGAAGUGUUAUGCAAGUAGAGCCAGGUCUGCCUGCCCAAAGCAAGCAAUGAAAAGUACUGUAUUAGGCAACAGCAGUCAAGAUUCAAUAAGCAUGUAUUUGUACUGUUUCAAUACGUAUAAGUAACAGUAAUUGUGAAACACUUACACUUAUUCUAUGAUUAAAGCACUUAAACUGCUCAGAGCUUGACAUUUGAUGCAAAAUUAUGGGCCCACAGUAUGUACAGUAAGGCUACAGAUCU